AUGAUGGAGCCCGAGUCGAACACGUCUGACAGAGCCGGCUCGCGGCUUGCGAGCGAGAGCGACUCUCUCGACAGCUCCGGAAGCGACACGGAAGCCCAGCAUACGGAAUGGCUCGCCACAACGCGCCAACGGCGAUCGACGGCCGGCAAUCGAAUGAACUCGAUGCUCGCCAACGAAGAACCCGACUCGGACCUAGAGCUGCUCUUUGCCGAAGACGAAAACGACCAAGGUUUCUCGGAAGUCGACGACGAUGAUUCCGAUCUGCAGAUGGCCUCAUCCUCGGACGACGAUGACGACGACGUCGACGAAGACGGCAACGGCCGCGACAACGACCUCGAAGGCGAAAAGGAGCUCGAACGGCAGGCAAGGGAGAAACGCAAGCGCAAGGCGCCAGAAGCCAUCCCCGCCAAGUUUAGGAAAAAGGUGCGCAUCGCUCCGAACGCGCAAGCGGCCCCUGCGCCGAGACCCAAGAAGAAAUCGGAGCGGGCGUCCUGGCUUCCGUCGCCGGCCGACAUGCCGACCCGUGCCUCGUCCCGCAAAACCACGCGGAUCUCGAAGGAGCAGCUGCAUCAGCAGAUGGUCGAGCGCGAGGAGCGGAGGCUCAAGCAGCUGGAACAGAUGCAGAAGAAAGCGGCCAAGCUCGAGGCGUCGAAGAAGCCACCGAUGACGCAGGAGCAGCGCCUCGCCGAGGCCGCCAUCGUCGAGGAGCGCAACAGCAAGAGCCUGAACCGCUGGGAGGAGGCAGAGAAGCAGCGGGAGGAGGAGAGGCGAGCCAAGCUGGCUGCCCUCAACAGCAGGACUCUAAAGGGCGCCGUCAUCAGCUUCUGGAGCGGUGUGAGGGCCUGGAAGGAUGCCCUCGGUCAGCAUGUUACCAUGGUCGAGGAGAAGCCGAAGAAGAAGAGGGAGAAAGCCAAGAAGGGUCAACCGCAGCAGGCCGAGGAGAAGCCGACGACCGGCGAGGCGGUGGGCGCGGCAAGUACUGGAGACGCCAACGAAAUCCCAGAAUCCCGCUCAACGGCUCCGUUGCCACCGAAGCUCGACGACGCGGAUGGUAACGGGGGGGGCGAGCCGCGGGCAGUCGUGGCGACUGCAUCGGCAACAAACGACAAGAGCGAAGCCGAACAACAUGACCAACACCACGCCGUGGCGCAACCUUCCACCGCACCCGCUCUCCCUCCCGUCUCACAGCCUUCUCCGGUGGCGAAACCGGAACCGAAACCGGAACCGGAUGAGGGGAAAGAAGGGCCGGAGCGCAAGUCCAUGUCGAUGCCCGCGUCGACGCCUACGUCGAUGCCUGUGCCGAUGCCCACACCACCACCUCUGGCGGCUUCAUCGCCCACACUCCAUGGCGGACUGGCAGCACCAGCGCCCGAUCCGUUUGCGACCACGAUGCCGCCACAACCCGUGUCUCGACCCCAGGAAUUGAGGCCAUCAUCUGGUGUCCUGGCCGCGCCAGUGCUCGCACUCCCAUCCGACAUCAACAGCAACGGGCCACCGCCGUUGAGCACCGGUCCCAGGUCCAACGUCCUCGCGCUACCCAACACCCAGCCCAACACCCAGCCGGCCCCGUCAUGCCUACAAGCUUCGACAACAGAACCGUCUGGUCCGACGGUCAAGCUAGACCCUAUACCGCCCCUCAGUGAAGCUCACUUCCAGCCUAUACCAGACGAUAUGCCAGCCGCCACCGAGUCUGCCAGUGCCAGUCCACCCCGAGCCCUUCAACAGCCAUCACCAGCACCAGCACCAGCACCAGCACCAGCACCAGCACCAGCACCAUCCCCAGCACCAGCGCCACCGUCCCUAAAUCCAGCGACGGCACGAAACGCCAUCAUCUACCAGCACUUUGACGAGAACGCCAUUCGCGACAAGUCGGUACAAACAAUGAUUCUUCUAGGCCGCAAAAUGACCAAGCUCCCUAAACCAACAGCCGCUCCUCUCUGUGUCAUCACGGGCCUGUCUGGUCGCUACCGCGAUCCUGAAACGGGCCUGCCAUUCCACAACGUGUCUGCCUACCGCGAGAUCAGGCGCUUGCACCAAGGUGAUUAUCACUUUAGCGCACUCCUCGGUGCGUGGGUUGGGGCCGGGACUACCGCCGCCCGCGGCGUCCCUGAUCGGUUCCUCAAGCCGGAGCCUGAAUCGGAGCGCAAGAAGCGACUAGAGGAGAAGAAGCGACUAGAGGAGGAGAGGAGGAAGGAGGAGGAGAGGGAGGAGGAGGAGGAGAGCAAGAAGGAGGCGGAGAGCAAGAAGGAGGCGGAGAGCAAGGAGGAGGCAGAGAGCAAGGAGGCGGAGAGCAAGAAGGAGGGGGAGAGCAAGAAGGAAGAGGAGAAAAGGGUGAAGGAGGUAGAGAACAGGAAGAACGAGGAGAACAAGGAAGAGGAAGAGGAAAAGUGGCAAACGAUAAACCUCAGCAGCCCACAGCACCACCUCAUGUUCUGGCACCAACACCCACAGGAGAGCCGGCUAAAGCUGAUGAACCCACAAGGGAUACAGCGCAGCAUCCUGGACCACCGCAGCCAGCAGAGGAGUCAAGCAUUGGGGGCGCAGCACAGCAUCCUGGACCACCUCAGCCAGUAG